AUGGGGUACUACCUUACUGAUGGCAUUUAUCCAAAGUGUUCAACUUUUGUGAAGACAAUUCCAUCUCCGCAAGGGAAUAAGAAGAAACAUUUUGCAGCAGCACAAGAAUUAGUACGAAAGGAUGUAAAGCGUGCAUUUGAGGUCAUUCAACAACGAUUUGCUAUCAUUUGUGGACCUUCACGAAUGCUCAAGAUCAAAGAUUUUACAAGUAUAAUAAAAGCAUGUGUUAUUCUACAUAACAUGAUCUUUGAAGAGAAGCGUGAUGAUAAUCUAGUCCCGAACAUUGAGUAUGAUCAACUUGAUGAUGAAGUCCUAAAAUUGUUGCGCAAUCGUACAACUGAGCUUAUGGACUUCAUUUAG